AUGGGCGGUCCCCCAGGUUAUGGGGGCGCAACCGGCUAUCCCCCAGGGCCGCCACCACAACAGCAGCAGCAGCAACAGCAACAGCAACAGCCAGGCGGCCCCAUGGCUCAGUACCAUCGGCCUGGAAAUCCCGCGGAGGUUGAGGGCAAUAGCCGGAGCAAGGCCCAGUUAAUUGUUGGCAUAGACUUUAUUCCUACCGUUCUCUAUUACGACCAAUAUCAAAAGGUUGUAGGAUGGGGUCCUGAUAUCGCCGAUGCUCUUGCUCCUACUGGAUACCCCAAGCCUGGGGUGCAGAAGGUUGAAUGGUUCAAGCUUCAGUUAAUGUUGAGCGGCAAUACCUAUAUUGACCCGAUCAACCUUCCACCGCUUCCACCAGGUAAAUCCGAAAUUGAUGUUGCCGCCGAUUAUCUUUUCAAGCUUCGCCAGGCGAUGCGGUCGGCCCUACAGAAGACCCUUGGAGAGGUGUUCAACCGAGAGGAAAGGAACAUUCGAUACUACCUAACCGUUCCCGCCAUUUGGAACGAUGCCGGAAAAGCUGCCACUCGCUCGGCUGCUAUCCAGGCGGGGUUCCUCCGUGAUGAGAAUGAUAAUCGUCUGACCUUAGUCUCCGAGCCCGAAGCUGCGGCCCUUUUCUGUUCCAAGACAGGGCUGUUGAAUCUCAAGGUCCACGACGCCGUCCUCAUUGUUGACUGUGGUGGUGGAACAGUCGAUCUCAUCGCCUAUGAGGUCGAGGAUGAGAAUCCUUUCACUGUUGCCGAGUGCACCGCUGGCUCUGGAGAUUCAUGUGGUUCGACAGCACUUAACCGCAACUUUAGUAAUAUCCUCCGCACCAAAAUUCGAAAGAUGAAGCUUCCUGAUGGCUCGAAGACCGCAGGUCGUGUUUAUGCGAAGUGCAUUAUGGACUUCGAGAACCGAAUCAAAGCCGACUUCCGUAACAACGGCCAGAAGUGGGCCGUUGAUGUCGGUAUUGAGGCUGAAUUUCCUGAGGCCGGAAUUGAGGAGGGCUACAUGACAUUUACCAAUGAGGAAAUUCUUCAGUGUUUUGAGCCAGUUGUCAAUCGAAUUCUAGAACUUCAAAUCAAACUUCACGUCCCUCCUCAGUUUCAGUCGAAAGUAGUCCGACCUAUGGACUCCGUCGCAGCCAUCGUCAAAGGCGCUGUUACAGCUGGCAUUACCGAGCGCGUAAUCACACAUCGCGUUGCCCGACGCCACUAUCUCAUGGCCACCCUACAACCUUUCAAAGAAGGUUACCAUCCUGAGGCGUACCGAGUACCUUCGCUUGACGGUAAGGAUCGGUGCAAGUUCACACGGCAAAUAUUUGUUCAGAAAGGGCAAAAGGUGAAAAUUGGUGAACCCGUCAAGGUCUCCUUCUUCCGUCAAGUUGCUCCUGGAGCUACCCUCAUGUAUGAGGAUAUCCUCUAUGCUUGUGACGAUGAUGUUUGCCCCGAAUACACCAAAGAUCCUCGUAUCAAAGAGGUCGUCACCCUCACAUCAGAUCUUUCCCGGAAGAAUCUAGAAAAAGACUUCGAACGUAUGGAUACUCCGCAGGGCACAUUCUACAGAGUCUACUUUGAUAUCUACCUAACUCUUGACGGCUCCGAAUUCAGUGCAGAGUUGGUCUGCCAAGGCGAGGUUAUGGGACGAUGCAGAGCCCGCUUUAGAUAG